AUGGUCGUCUUCGUUGAUCAGCGAAGCUGGGAGGAAGUUUUGCUCGCCAAAACUUCUCUAGCGUAUAAGUGUGUGUCAUGGCGGGGAGAGAGCGAGGCGCGCAUUGUGCCAAGGGCGCCCCAAUCUCGCGCGACAUCGCGCCAUCGCCGCCUUGGAGGGAUCGGCGCCAGGUCUUUAGAGAUCCGGAAGCGAGGGAUUAUGGCGGUGUCGGCGUUUAGAUCCACGACGAGGAGGGAAUUUCAAGAAAACCAGGGCCAGGGUCAUAGAAGAGGGAGCAGCCACUCGGAAUCGGGGUCCGUGCUGGACAGCACUAGCAACUAUCAGGAUGCGUCGUCUCAGAGGGAUUCGGACCAGGAGAGCUACGAGCCCGGGCCUUACAAUCGCCAUCUUGCCAGUGACUCAGAGAGUGAAGCUUCGAGUAUCAUCGAUAGGUUCCGACAGACUGAGAUAAGUCGCAAUGCCGCCACCAUUCCACGGUUCCAGCAAAGUACUGCAAGCGCACGAGGGAGGCAGAGAAGUAUAGAGCCCAGCCGGAGGAGUGACUCGAGAGGUCCGGAAGUGAGGCGUAGAAGCGAAUCGCAAGAGCCUGGUCUCAGGCGGCAAAGUAGCGACUUUUCAAGGCCCAGGAGGAGUGAGUCGCAGGAGCCUGGUCUUCGGCGGCAGAGCGUGGAACCAUUGGGUGGCAGGCAAAGUUCCAGCGAAUUACUGCUAAAUAGUAGUGACUCCGGAGUCUACACACGAGGUCGGGAGACAAGUUUGAGCCGGCAAGGAAGAAGCCAAUCCAAGGAACCAAGCAUUAGACGCGAGUCACAGGAGCCUCGGCAAGGCAGAAGCAGCUCGAAAGAACCCGGUGCGAGGAGCGGAAGAAACGAGGAACGUGACAGAAGCAGCUCGAAAGAACCCGGUGCAAGAAACGGAAGAAACGAGCUACGUGAACUUGCGGGGAACAGGGAUGAGGAAGACGAGUCAGAACGACGAGGCAGAAGUUCUCAAAGAGCAGGCAUUGUUUUUACAUCCAGGAGUACAUCCCAAGAGCCAAGGAGGAGCAGUUCCUCAAAGGAGCCUAUCGGAAAGAACAAUCAAGCUGUGCAUGCACAAUUGAAGCCAAUGGAUCCCCCGGCUGGAGAUGUCGAUGAAGCCGACCUCUAUGGGGUAAUGCGUGAAGAAGUCCGCAAAGCUGUAGCCGAUCUUAAGGCGGAAAUCGAACAGUCUUUAGAGAAGGAUAUGCUAACGCUGGUUGCAUCGAAAGGGGAUGUAGCGGAGUCAGACGUUCGACAAAAGUAUGCAGAAAAAUUGGAGCAGUCGGAGAUCAGAACUCAGGAGCUACUGUCACAACUUGCUAAAGAAGAAGAAACGCGUCAUGAACUUGCCAAACUAGUCAAAGGCAGACCUUCACAUGAUAAGCCCGCCGAGCAGCCAAAACGUAAAACUAGAAGGGGUGUUGAAGAAAGAGCAACUAUAUCGAAGGCCCUUGAUGAAGAAGCACAAAAGUACUUUGAAGAGUUUGCUUCUAUUUCGACGUCCGAAACAGAAGAAUCACUGGAUGGAAGACCGUCGAAGUCGGGAAAGAGGCCUGUUGCUCAAAGUUCCAGGAAUGCCACAAGCCACAGGAAAUCGCCGUCAAGAAAGCAGGUGCCUAGCCGAAGUGAGGAGUUUCCUCGGUGGAAAACAGGGGCAGUGGCAGUAAAUACAGAUGGCGUAGUGACCCCUUGGUUGGAUUGGGAAACAGAUUCGGCAGAUGCAACUGCAACUGCUAUAUCAGAUUUUAACUGGGACUCACUAGGUCCGUCUUCAAGUCUAGCUGACUUUGACAGCGUUCGUGUGUCCGAGGAGCCCGCGCUACAGAGAAUUCGAUUUGAGGGAAGGAUAGGAGCAGGCAGGAUACAUCUUUGCAGGACUGAAUUUUGAAACGUGAGACCAGUGGCUUAGGCAUUGGUCCCGAAAUAAGCUCGUCAAAAAUAUUUCUUAUAUGAUGAUUC